GCACAGGUAGGCAAGUGAAUUACUCAGUAAUGUUCACCAUUCUGUUCCCUCAGUUCCCUCAGUUCCUUCAUCUGCGAUAAUCCAGAGUGGAAAGACACGAUAUCUGAUCGGGCCAGUUCAGCUUCGCCUGUUUCUCUCUCAGUCCACUCUCUUAUUCCUCUUUUUGGUCGCCCAGGCGUCUAGCUGUCGUUGUACUGUGGCUCGUCUCCGCUCGCGGUCCCAGUGCAAACCUGGCUUUCCUUGCGCGUCUCUUUUUUUCUAGCCCUUGCAUACAUUCGCGUUGCCUUGUCUUCCUCCAUUGGGCUCUAAACGUCCGAAUUCGUCCAUUCCUUGCACGUCAUUCGAUCUUCGCCUGGCUCUGGGCGCCUUUCUGCACAUAUAGAGAUCACCAUGAGCCCUACUUUCAGUCUCCAAAGACCUGACUUGGGCACGUUGACGAGCGAGGACGAUAAAAUCACUACCGCGCUGUCCACAAUGAAUGCACGUCUGCCCGAGAUCAAGAGCCUCUUCUUGACGCGACGCUUCAAGAAUUGUGCUGCUGCAUGCGAAACGCUCCUCCAGGACACCACUUGGCACAAAGAUACCAACAACACCGUUUCUCAGAUAUACGAAUGCUACCUGAACUUCUAUGCGGGCCUUUCUUACGAUGCUCUCGCUCGAAACAUGGCUCACGCUGCUCCAUCCCGUGUUGCUGUGCUCCGUCAGGCUGAGAUCAAGUACCUUGCUGCUGAAGCCAAUCUUCCGCAGCCCGCCAGCACUCCCCUAUCUCAUUACGAAUCUGACGAGGGCCUCACGGCUGACGAUGAUGAUGUCUCACCCGAAAGCUCUGUUUCACACUCAACGCGCAAUUCCAUUAACUCGUACACUUCUCACUAUUCCGCCUACAGCCUUAAUUAUCUCCUCCAUUCUGAGACUAUGAGCACUUUAAUGCGCUCAGACACCAUGAAUACCUUCGAUCCAACCAGCCGCAUCAUCGAUCACUAUUACUCAUCCGACCGUGUACCCAAGCCGUCGCCGCUACAUAUCCGCAAAGAUAGACCUGCCGUCCGCUUGAGCGCCGUCUCCUUCCAUUUUCCCGUCACUCCUACUUCGUCUCUGGGCAACGACCCCUUCUCCGAUAUCCUCACCCCGCUCUCAGCAGCCCUCGACCACCCGGACGACUUCGCAGAGACCGCUUCAACAUUCAGCCCGUCCGAGCCAGACUGCGAAUACCCGGACGAGCAAAACUCGCACGACCGCAGCGGCGCAGACUCACCAACCCUGCCCCCUUCGCCCAUGCUAGCAGUCACGAGACCGCAGCACACCACCUCUAUCCCACAGUUCCCAGCACCUCCGUCACCACCACCAUCUCCACUCACACCCUCCGCAAACCACCCCUCGCGCUCAGCCAGCUCCUCUCGUGGCCUCAACUCGCCGCUUCCUAGCCCUCGCACAUCCAACCCUCGCCUCUCCGUCAACUCCGCCCUAUUCGCACAUGUCCUCGCGUACAACCAGACCCUUCGCUCCUUCAGCACAAUGCUAUACGCGCACAUUGCCGCUGUGCGUGACAUGCAAAAGGAGGCGCCAGUGGCUGCGGUCCGCAUCGCCAAGACUAAAGGAAGCAGCGUGAACCAGUGGCGCGAGCAGGAGAGCCAUGUCGUGCGGGAGGCGAAAAGGACGGAGUUGGUACAGAGGGCCUUGGCGAGGGAGAGGUUUCGGCCCGAGCGCUAUAUGGAGCUGUGCCAGAAGGCAUUGAGUGAGAUUUAGUGUGUGAUUAUUGGAUUUUGCGGGGCUAAUGUGUAGGAUGUUUGCAAUCUGGUUGGAGACCUGAUGUACUUUGGUCGAUAGUGCUGUGGUGAUGGUCCGCCUGGUCUGUUUGUCUAUGAUUGUUUCUGAGUACGGGGAGGACGAAUUUGGGAGACGAGAUCCUCGCGGCGUACAAGGAAGGCUCGGGCGUGUCGAUAUCUUACCUUGUUGCUAUAAGCUGCUUUGUUAUGAGAUUAUGCCUAGAUACCGAAAAGUUUGACUUACGAUGGAGUUCAGAGGUGUACAGAGGUGUUUAAAGCACACGUCCGUGACGAGUCAAGUCACUCUCCGUCCUGUAAUAUAUUCUACGCGUCCUUUGAUAUCACUACUACAAU